AUGCUUCCUCAACCAAGCCAGCUGUGCGCCAUACUCGGCAAUUGCAAUCCUCAAGCUCCACUCCAGGCAUUUGGUACCGUAACGAAUGCUGCCGCCGCUCUAAUGGGUUUCCCAGCACCUUCUUCGCCGUCGAUGACCUACCCCUCUGCAGGAACCAUGGCUUACCCUGCUCCUAUGGCACCUGUUCCUGCAAUGCCAAUGUAUUCCACUGCUACCACACUUGCCCCUCGCGAGGAAGCACCUUCCUUGCCUUCACCCACUCCAAUGGGAUAUCCUGCACCCCCGGCAGCUCUGUCUUCGCCAAUGGGCUAUCCUACAAUUUCAGCAUCUACACCAGCACCGUCAGCACCCGUAACUAUGGGUUAUCCCGCACCAAUGGCACUUCCGGCUGCACCUAUGGCACUUUCACCAGUAUCAAUGAGCUACUCUGCUACGCCGGCACCAACAGGCUAUCCCGCACCUUCGGCAGCCACACCUACACCGAUGGGAUAUGCUACACUUCCAUCAACUACGGCAGCACCCGCAGUCUAUCCUUCACCCCCAGUUAUGGCUGCUGCACCAAUGGGCUAUCUUGCAACUCCAUCCACUAUGUCCACUAUCAGUACAUCGGCAGCGAUGAGUUAUCCUUCACCUCCAACAACUAUGCAAAUGCCAAUGGGUUACACCACAGCUCCUGCCUCAGCGUCUGCCCCGAUGGUCGCUUCCCCGAUUCCUUUGUCACUCCCAUCCGCACCGAUGAGUUAUGCUGCACCUCCUAUGGCUACACCUUCUCAAAUGGGCUACUCUGCACCUUUUGCGUCUAUACAAUCACCGAUGGGCUAUCCCUUACCACCGGCAUCUUUGCCCGCAUUAACGAGCAUUCCGCACCGUUGGCCCCUACGGCAUCUGCUGCAAUGGGCUAUCCUGCAUCUGCGGCACCUACACCUGCACUUUCAGCGAUGUCGUUUUCAGCGAUGCAACACCUCCCCCUAUUUAAUGAGUUCCGCACUUCCUAUAAUUACUCCCCGUCCAUAUCUGAUUAAUCUCUCUUUAACCUAUUAA